AAAAAAAAAAAAAAGAACCACCCUUGUUUUGGGUUCGGCUCACAGAAUUUUUCAAGCCGCGGAGCCUUCAGCAGGCGGGUCUUAUGCAGAUGAGCGGCAGGUUUGCCUAGGAGGCGGGCGGCUCUAUGCAGAUGAGGGGGCGGUGCCUACAUGUUGAUGAGCUGGGCCCGCUGCCGACGCUGCUGGGAGCCUAGCGGGUCCCGCUGCGGUUUGGGCUGAAGUAGCAUCCCUCUCCCACCCCCCUUGUCCCUGGGUUCCUGCCUUCCGAAGACUGCCCUCGACCUUUACCCUCAUCCAUUUCCCCUGCCUUACUCCCUGCUCCAUUGCCCCCGUAACUGAAUAUCUCCACUCCUGGCGCCCCCAGCGUUUCUCCUCUCCCGCCGCAAACCUCGCGACCUCCAACAGCCCGCCCCCGCGGCCCGAUCUUGCCUGGCAGAUCUCGCCGCAGCCUCCCGGGUCUUCCCGCUCUCCCGGGGCUCCCCCCACUACGCCGCCGGGUUGUCAGCCUUCGGGCUUCCCAGCUCCCUCCUCCCACCGCCUUGAAGCCCCCUCCCCCGCCCUGGCCAGCCGGCAUGCAGGUGUCUAUCGCGUGUACCGAGCAGAACCUUCGCAGCCGGAGCAGUGAGGACCGUCUGUGUGGACCCCGGCCGGGCCCCGGGGGCGGUAAUGGCGGGCCAGUCGGCGGGGGACACGGGAAUCCUCCGGGGGGUGGAGAGUCGGGCCCCAAGGCCCGAGCUGCACUGGUUCCCCGACCCCCAGCGCCUGCUGGGGCCCUCCGAGAGAGCACCGGCCGAGGCACUGGCAUGAAAUACAGGUCUCCUAUUUGCCUUUGCUGGAGGCCGAUCUGUCCAUCUGCCCUGCCUAACCAGGGACCUUUGCCUGUGAACCUGGGAAAGUCUGGUCUUCGGGUAUCCUGUCUUGGCCUGGGUACCUGGGUCACAUUUGGUUCUCAGAUCUCAGAUGAGACAGCGGAGGAUGUGCUGACAGUAGCCUAUGAGCAUGGUGUAAACCUGUUUGACACCGCUGAAGUGCAUGCAGCAGGAAAGGCCGAAAGAACCCUAGGCAACAUCCUCAAGAGCAAAGGUUGGAGGAGAUCAAGCUAUGUCAUCACCACCAAGAUUUUUUGGGGAGGACAGGCAGAAACUGAGCGAGGCUUGAGCCGCAAACACAUCAUUGAGGGCUUGCGAGGAUCCCUGGAACGCCUCCAGCUGGGAUAUGUGGACAUCGUCUUUGCCAAUCGCUCAGAUCCCAACAGUCCUAUGGAGGAGAUUGUACGAGCCAUGACCUAUGUCAUCAACCAGGGCCUGGCCCUAUACUGGGGGACAUCCCGAUGGGGGGCUGCAGAAAUCAUGGAGGCCUACUCCAUGGCCAGACAGUUCAAUCUGAUUCCUCCUGUGUGUGAACAAGCUGAGCACCACCUGUUUCAGAGGGAGAAGGUGGAGAUGCAGCUGCCAGAGCUCUACCACAAGAUUGGUGUUGGUUCAGUCACCUGGUCCCCUCUGGCCUGUGGGCUCAUUACUAGCAAGUAUGAUGGGCAAGUCCCAGAUACCUGCCGGGCCGCCAUCAAGGGCUACCAGUGGCUCAAGGACAAAGUGCAGAAUGAGGAUGGGAAGAAGCAACAAGCCAAAGUCAUGGACCUUCUGCCCAUCGCUCACCAGCUGGGCUGCACUGUGGCCCAGCUUGCUAUUGCGUGGUGUCUCCGCAGUGAGGGUGUCAGCUCGGUCUUGCUGGGGGUGUCCAGUGCAGAGCAGCUGAUUGAACACCUGGGCGCUCUACAGGUGCUGAGCCAGCUGACCCCGCAGACGGCGAUGGAGAUAGACGGGCUCCUGGGUAACAAGCCGCAUUCCAAGAAAUAGUCCGUCGGGGGUGCAGGGACCCAACCCAGAGCCGCUGCACCUACCCCAGAACCGCUUCCGUGCAGCUGCCUCUCUCCCUCUCUGGAUCCCUCCCCGAAGCGGCCAGAGCCAGGGUAGCCCCGCCCACUAACGAGUCCCAGCUUCGAGUAGCGAUACGCAUGAACAAAGCCAUAUCCUUCCGCAGUGGGGCUGGAGAGAGAGAAAGUAGUCUGCCCGCCACCUGCUGCGUCCUCCUGGCCUUGUAAAUCCUGGGCAUGAGCUACUGGCCAUCCACUCUCUGCCACUUGGUCUCGCUCCCUUUUCCCUUCCUUCUAUUGCCGAGGCCCAGGAAAAAAAAAAAAAACCGGCUAAUACAGGAAACAUGCAGAGUACCUCAAAAGGGGCCCUCGAAAUGUUAUCAAGGGGUAAUAAUUUAGUGAAUUGUGAUGUCCUCUGGGGCACAGGAAACGGGGCUCUUAUGUUAUUCGGUACAAAGGAAGCCAGGCUGGUCCUGGCAGGAAGUAAAUGAUAACCUUUGGGAAACCAGGACUCUGCCUCCCAGCCCAGAGAUGGAGGACUUACAACUAGAACUAAUGUAAUACUUUGUUCUUGGGAGAGGGCGGUAAGGGUGGGACUACAGUGACACAGCACUGACAAAGGUAGAGGGAAAUUUGACAGCAGGUGUAUGUGUGGCCUGGCAAAAGUGGCCAGGGUGGCCCUUGGAAAAUAGAGUUGGGCUGUAUUUUGCAGGAAUUAGCGACAGCCUUUGGGUCAUGGGCAGAGCCAUGGGACUGACAUAAAAAGGUCUAGGGAUAGAUUUUGAGCCUUGAGUGGGACUUCCUACCUGGCAGUGAAGGAUUGGGUCUUCCUCUCAGCAAUAACCCUAAAGCAAUAAUGAUGGCCCCUCUUCUGUAAUACUUCCCAGGGAACUGUAAAUAAAAUCUCAGUUGAUCCUCA